AUGGAAUUCAUAGCAGAGGUUAUUCUGCGAAACAAAUUCAUCACAAAGCUGAGCUUCGAGGACAACUACUUCACAGAUGAAGCUGCAGAGGUUUUCCUGAAACUGCUGCAAAAGGCUGAGCACCUAUCCAUGACGGAGUUUACGAUCCACAGCAACUACAUUUCAGAGAUCAAGCUCCAGCAGAUCGACUUGUUUAUGCGCACACAUGCCCGGGAACUGCAGAAGAAGAAGCGCGAGAACAAACGGCAAAGGAGCCAAUCGAAUGUGGGUGUUGGCAAUGACGCUCGAGAAGAGUCGAAGAUGUCAGCAGGGCGCCAGUCCAGUGGGAGCUUGUCUCGAAGCACAUCCAGGACGCUUCCAGGAAACGGAAAACCUGAACAUAAUCAACAAAGCCACGGGUACAUCGCACCAGAUAAGCAGCUAGGCAGCUUGGCAAGGUUGGACGCAGUUGUGACAGUGCUUCCCCCUGCGACAAAUCCUGAGUGUGCGACUGCAGGGGAGAGAUACUGCUGUGGCAUGGUUUGCCAGACUAGACGUAUUAGCGUUAUUACCAUUCUCAAGAUAGGUUUCACGUGUCCUGCUGAGAAGGAUUGAUCUUGCAUGCCAGAACCUUUGCCAGGCUUGUGACCAUGUGACCGG